CUCGCGUAGUGCACACGUCUCACAGACCUUUCACGGUCCACAUGUGAUAACUUUCACUUGUAGUUUUGUGACUGUGUGCACUUCUAUGAAACUGCCUUUAGGACUUGAGUGUUCCAAUAUGGGUUUUUGCGAAACAGCGAGGCGAAGACUCUAGGCCAAUUACCGAGGCUGGUAACCGUGCAGAGCUAAGAUCAUAAUGUUUUCUUUAUGUCGUCGAUACAAAGAUGAACACGAACAUGGCGGAACACAAAUCAAAGGAGGUUACAUGCUGCGUUAUAAACGUAAAUACUUGUGGAACUCCUGGUCCGAGGAGUGGGUGGUGCUGUACGAUGACUCCACAAUGGCCUGGUUCAAGGACGCGUCUGGCAAGUGCAUGGCAACACAGAAGCACCUCUUGAUGGCCCUCGGCUCCCGCAGGGAUCCCGGGAAAGUCGUGUGGAUGCUUGCCAAAUCUGACGCUGAAAUGAAGGAAUGGAUGGCUGCAAUAUCAAAAACACUGCCCCCGCCGCCCCAUAUCGAGUUAGUUAUGUCAAUGCCUUACCUUCGCACUGCCUUCAAGCGACCAACUGUCAGAGUUAGACCGACACCAUCAGAGGCGUACAAUCGUAACGCUCGCAAUGCCGUUGGCGCGCUCGACGGGCGUGGUCUGGUCGCCGUGAUCAAGCGCCAGGUCCCGCUGGCCGGCCAGCUGAACCACGAGCUGGCCUGGGGACAGGGCUGGGGCUGGGUCACUCUGCCCAACGGCGUGUGGAGUGGAAGACUCACGUGGUCCCAAGACGGAGACGACUUCGCGCUCCACGCGAUGCCAAUCAUGCACCACACCAACGUCUCCCAAGCAUGCUCCAUGCUGGACGGGGUCACGGCCUACGAGUGUUCUGCGUAUGAACAGGCUCUAGCGGAGUACGACGACACUGCCACCACCUCCGACGAUUGGGACUUCGGAGUAGACUGCGGGGACUUUAUGAUGUAGACUGAAUUCAAGUCGAUGCAAUAAUUUAUCUUUCCAGCUCUCAUUUACGGAUUGCUUUUAUGUUUGUUGAUAUAGAUUCAAUUGAUGAGAUAGAUGGGUAGUUCGUUUAGCAAGGCAGAACGGCGUAUAUUUAUGUUGUACUUAAAAUUUUCUUACAUCGCGAAAGUGCCAAAACAAUUCUUUAUACUGCUAAGCAGUAUUUUUUUAUUCGAGAUUACUCCUUGGUUUUCCUUAUUAUUGAUCCACAUUACGAGUGCUGGUCACAAUACUUAUUACACUGAUGUGCCAAUUAUUGAUUAAAUCUAUUGAAGAGCGUCUUAUGAAUUUUAUACAAUGACCAUUUAUGGUUAACGCGAGAGAGUUAUUUAUAAACCGAUAGACGAAUUAUGAUCGGUCGUAUUUUCAGUAAUAGUUGCAUGCUCUUUAGCUAACUGUGUUGUCAUAGAGAUGUGUGUAGACGAUAUAACUAGAUUUUCGUAUUCUGCUCUACGGCCUACGACACUGUAGGUUAUCAAUUGUCUUAGCCAUAGACCUCUUUAAGCACUGUAGUCGAUUCUAAGAACCCCGUAUUUGGUAGUCGAAACAUUGUGUGCAAGUCUAUACAUCUUCCUUUUAUACGUUUUGUACGUUUUGAUGUUAAAUAAAAGUACGAUUUUGGGUUAUUUGUGUACCUUUGAACGAUUCACUCAAUAACGAUAAACCUUUUUGAAUAUUUUAUGAAACACGUAUCCAGGGUAAUGAGUCUGCAUAUUCCCAAUGAAUUUUAAUAUUCAACACAGUCGUACGAUAAUCGCACAAAAUCAAAUUGAAUUGCAAACGUCUAAUGAAUAUUUUUUUAUUUUUAUAGAAUAAGUGACUUGCUUGAUCCCUGAUAACACCAAUUAUAAGGACUAGAAUUUAAAUGAAAGAUCUAUUUUAGACGUAAGUAAUCGAUGUUAGGAUGUAGUGAAUGUGGUCGGUAGAAUCCCUCCAUUACUCCAAUAUGAUUGAUGAUGAUGAUUAUUAAAAUAUAUGAAAUCCCCAAAUAAUUAACAUUAAAUAACAAAAUAAAUGUUAAACAAUUGAUUCAAAACAAACGAAAUUAUCGAGAAAACGGACUCCUGUGGUUACAGACCAGGUUAAAUUUACACGAGGAUAAAUCAUUCCACGACCUUUACAACGUAAUUAUAAAGUUAUACUUAGGGUCUUAGUACAAUUAUUAAUGAAAUUGUAUACUUAGUCGCUAAAAUCUUCCGACCUACCCAAAGACUGCCUAACGUAUGUUACCUGGUACAUGCGUGUGUUAGUGUGGCGUGGAGACCUCGGUUAGUUCCCCUGCCCUGCCAUUUACAUUGUAGACAUUAUUAUAGACAUAUAAAUUAAUCAAAUAAUGCAUCAUUUUGAUCGCAACGAAUGUCGCUUCAAUGUAAACUCGACGAAUUAAACAUAAAAAUAAAAACAAAUCUUAUACUCAAUAUACUCAAAUACUAUAUCUCAACUCAUACCGUUUUAUCCGUGAAUCAAAAUAGUUAAUACGAAACAAUGCAACACAAAUUUUCAACAAUGAAUUGUCUAAAUAAUAAUGCUGCAAUGUAGCAUUAGAUGUUGUAGGAAAAUAUUGAAUAUUCAUUAUUAUAGUAAAGUAAAGUUUAGUCGAACAUGAAAAAGUUUAAGGGCACCUUAUAUGUCUCAGUUAUUCUUAUACUUUUAAUAAUUGUGCUGCUUAUUUGCAAUUUUUGUUCUAAAUGUUUUAAAAGUAUUAUUUUUAAAUGUACCUCUGAACUAUUAAUAUUGAUGAAUUCUUUUGACGCUGGUAUCGUCGAAAAAGUUAUAAAUAGUGAUAUUAUAUUUUUGUACAAUUAAUCGCGUUUUAAAUGGGUUAUAUUAUUCAUAUGUAUCUAAUUAGUAUGUAUUAGUGAAGCAAUUCGUCUGGCUGAUAAUGUGUAGAAUCAAUUACUGGAACCUAAUAUAUGAAUCUACAAACGACAUAUUUUGGCCAUAUUUUUAACUGUCACCAUCGAUUUACUUUGUCCAACACGGCUACUGAAAAAUUCAGCCAACGCCUCGCAUUUAAAAUACACAUAAUUCGGAUGUUUUAUUUCAAUGCUUUCCAAAUUGUGUUUUACAUUCAAAAUUGUAUUUUUAUACUGCAAUAUAUUUCUUAUGCAUUUAACUUAUGAUAUCUAUAAAAUACAAUAAUGUUAUACUGUUCUGUCACCUUUAAAACGC